ACUCGGCGCGUGCGCCCGCCGGUGAGGGCGCGCGCACGUGGCUUGGGGGUUGUGCUCGCUUCUGCUCUCUGACCCCAGUGGCAACUCCGAUUCACUACACUCUGCGCCGUCGGUGGGAAGCCGCUCUCUCUCACUCCCUCUCUCUCCCCUCCCGCUCGUCUGUCAGCGUGUCUCGUCCGCCUCCCCCUCCGCUCUCUUGUCUGGUUUCUUUGCACAGAAGCCAGCCGAGGUCCCACCGGGUCGAAGGUUCUGCCCUACCUGCACAGUUCGUCUGCCAGUACGGAGCGCCGCCGCGCAUUACCCCGCCUGCUAUCCUCUCGCUGCCGCAUGGACCCUUGUCUCUCCGCCGCGUAGAGGGCGACCCCGACCCGACGCUCUUCCUCCGGCUUGACACAAAAAAAACGCACUAAAACCCGCAAGACGAAGAAGGCUGACUCGGUGAGACGGGAGUUUGCUGUCGCUGCUGCUGUAGGUGACUUCCUGGGCUUUUUCUGAGCCGCUCCAAAGGAUGUCCGCUGCACGCAUUGCUGCUGAAUCCCGGUGAACGAACAGCAUCUCAUGUCCGCACGUCGGAAGAAUGGCUCAUGGCAAAGUGACCAUCACGGUGGAUGAGUACAGCUCCAAUCCGACACAGGCCUUCACACACUACAACAUAAACCAGAGCCGCUUCCAGCCACCUCAUGUCCAUAUGGUGGAUCCCAUUCCCUAUGACACUCCAAAACCAGCUGGCCACACCAGAUUUGUCUGCGUAUCAGACACACACUCUCGUACCGACGGCAUCCAGAUGCCCUACGGCGAUGUGCUGCUGCACAUGGGGGAUUUCACAGAGCUGGGCCUGCCCUCUGAGGUCAAGAAGUUCAACGACUGGCUAGGUGGCCUUCCUUAUGAGUUUAAGGUGGUAAUCGCUGGGAACCACGAGUUAACCUUUGAUAAGGACUUUAUGGCUGAGCUGGUCAAGCAGGAUUACUACCGUUUCCCCUCAGUGUCCAAACUCAAACCAGAGGACUUUGACAAUGUCCAGUCGCUCCUCACAAACUGUGUGUACCUGCAGGACUCAGAUGUCACCAUAAAGGGAUUCCGGAUAUACGGCACACCGUGGUCUCCGUGGUUCAAUGGCUGGGGCUUCAAUCUGCCUCGGGGUCAGUCUCUGCUGGAUAAAUGGAACCUCGUCCCAGAAGGCAUUGACAUCCUGAUGACCCAUGGCCCUCCGCUGGGUUUCCGGGACUGGGUUCCUAAGGAGCUGCAGAGGGUUGGCUGCGUGGAGCUGCUCAACACGGUCCAGAAGAGGGUGCGACCCAAACUCCAUGCCUUUGGAGGCAUACAUGAAGGCUACGGCAUCAUGACGGACGGUUACACAACAUUCAUUAACGCGUCGACCUGCACCGUCAGCUUCCAGCCCACCAACCCUCCCAUUGUGUUUGACCUGCCCAACCCUUCCAGCUCCUGAGAGCAGAGGAAAGCGGGACGGGUGGCACUUGGAAAGAACCCAACAUCAACGUACUGACUUCAAUUUAAUCUCCAAGCUGCAGUUUGUUGCUUUUUAUCACAGGGAGACAAAACCAUUAACCACACCAGAAUGCAGAAAGAAUUUUGGGAGGCGGACGUUGGUAUUCUCCUUUUCCAGGGGGAUUUUGUGAUUAAACAAUCUUUCUCUUGAUAUAAAUAUUGUCCACAUCUGUAAGAUAAAUGAUGCUUUGUGAAUUUGUACAAUUUCUUUGUUCGGUCUAUGUCGACCGGACAAUGAAUGCCAUCUAUGUUUUACUGUUGUAUCAUCUAUUUUUGGUUUAGUUUUCAUAUUUUCAUUUUUGUUCAGCUUUUUUCCUAUUGGCUAACAGAGACGCUGCCUUAAACUAGCUUUAAUGUUCUCGGCAAGAGCUCCACUCUCUCUCUGUGAGAUCAGAGAGAGGAAAAAAAAAGUCCUUAUUUAUUGUCAAACCUCCACGCUAGACAACACCUGGCAGGCGCGGGGACCGAAAGCUUUUGAAUUACAGCCCAAAUGUUUACUUUACAGUCAGUUCCAUUCAAUGACUCCUGAUCUAAUUUGGAAAUGUUAUGUAUAAAAAAUAUAUGAUAUAGUCAUGUUGUAAAACCUAUGUACUGAAAGUUAUUUGAAAGAGGGCGAGCUUUUUUUUAUAUAUAUAUAUUUUCCUUGACAGAAAAUGUAACGUGUUUUUAAUUGUGAUCAUUUUGGAUGAGAGGAAAAGUAAAAUUUUCAGUCACAAUCCAUCAGGUGCUCUUUAUUCCCACCAAUGCGCCUGCCUAAAUAUUCCCAAAUUGUCCUUUCAAGUGUCAAAUCAGAGUUUUUUUUUUUUUUUUUUUCCUGAUUUAUUGCUUUUUCUUUCUAAUUUUGCACUGUGUAAAUGCAAUCUUGCUAGCACAAAAAAAAAAACAUUGCCAAUAGUAGUUUUGACUUUGCUGCUGUAAAUGCUCUUUUCGCGCUCUCGCUCUCUCUCUCUCGCUCUGAUUGUAUGGAAAUGUUAGUUCUCUCUUUUCGGUUCAUUGUGAUAUAUUUAGCUGCCUUUAUAUGCAAAUAAAAUUGCAGAUUUUUA